AUGUCUGCUCGUCCCCAGAACAUUGGUAUCAAGGCCAUUGAGGUCUACUUCCCCAGUCAGUGUGUCGACCAGUCCGACCUCGAGAAAUUCGAUGGCGUGAGUGAGGGCAAGUACACAAUUGGUCUGGGCCAGACCAAGAUGAGCUUCUGUGAUGACCGCGAGGACAUCUACUCCAUGGCUCUGACCACACUCUCCUCCCUCAUCAGCAAGUACAACAUCGACAAGAACAACGUUGGCCGUCUGGAAGUUGGUACCGAGACCCUCCUGGACAAGUCCAAGUCCGUCAAGUCCGUCCUGAUGCAGCUCUUCGCCCCCGAGAACACCAACAUCGAGGGUGUCGACACCGUCAACGCUUGCUACGGAGGUACCAACGCCGUCUUCAACAGCAUCAACUGGGUCGAGUCCUCCGCCUGGGACGGUAGAGAUGCUAUCGUCGUCUGCGGUGACAUUGCCCUGUACGCCAAGGGUGCCGCUCGCCCCACCGGUGGUGCUGGCUGCGUUGCCAUGCUGAUCGGCCCCGACGCUCCUAUUGUCUUCGAACCCGGUCUCCGUGGCAGCUACAUCACCCACGCCUACGACUUCUUCAAGCCUGACCUGACCAGCGAGUACCCCGUUGUUGACGGCCACUUCUCGCUCAAGUGCUACACCGAGGCCGUCGAUGCCUGCUACAAGGCCUACGACGCUCGUGAGAAGACUCUGAAGGAGAAGGCCCAGAACGGCAGCAACGGCACUGCCCAGGACGACAGCAAGACCCCCUUGGACCGAUUUGACUACAUCCUGUACCACGCUCCCACUUGCAAGCUGGUCCAGAAGUCGUUCGGUCGUAUGCUGUACAACGAUUACCUCGCCAACCCCUCCCACCCCGCCUUCGCCGAGGUCGCCCCCGAGCUGCGUGACCUGACCUACGACCAGUCCGUGACCGACAAGAACGUCGAGAAGACCUUCAUGGGCCUGACUAAGAAGCGCUAUGCCGAGCGUGUGCGCCCCGGUUUGGACGUGGCCACCCUUUGCGGUAACAUGUACACUGCUACCGUCUACGCUGGUCUGGCCAGCUUGAUCUCCAACGUCAAGUUUGAUCCUGCCGAGGCCAAGCGUGUUGGAAUCUUCUCCUACGGCAGUGGUCUUGCCGCUUCCAUGUACAGCGCCAAGAUUGUCGGCGACGUGUCCUACAUGGUUGAGAAGCUCGACCUCCACAACCGUCUCAACGGCCGAACUGUUCUGCCUCCUCAGGCUUACGAUGAUAUGUGUGUCCUCCGUGAGCAUGCUCACCUGAAGAAGAACUUCAAGCCUUCUGGCAAGACGGAGACGCUGUACCCCCAGACCUACUACCUCUCCGAGGUUGAUGACAUGUUCCGACGCCAAUACGAGGUCAAGGCCUAA